UUUCUGUGUGACAUAAUGGCGGAUGACAAACCGAUCAAUCAGCUAAGGUUUGAAGCCGCAGUCAAAGUCAUUCAGAGUUUACCAAAAAAUGUGCACACAACACUAUGUCUGCUUUUGAGACUCCAAGCAGUGUAACUACAGCGAUUGCUCUGGACUCGAGGUGCUCGCUGCAAAAUAAAAAAGAAAAAAAAAAAAGUGAACUGGUUGAGACAAAAACCUGGUUCUUUUCAGCCAUCCAAUGAAAUGAUGCUGCAGUUUUACAGCUACUACAAGCAAGCUACACAGGGACCCUGCAACCUUCCCAGGCCCGGCUUCUGGGAUCCUGUAGGCAAAUACAAAUGGGACGCUUGGAAUGGCCUGGGGGAUAUGUCCAAGGAGGAAGCAAUGAUUGCCUAUGUUGAAGAAAUGAAAAAGAUUAUUGAGACCAUGCCAAUGACGGAGAAAGUGGAGGAGCUGCUUCAUGUACUGGGACCGUUCUACGAAAUCGUCGAAGACAAGAAGAAAAUCAACAGCAUGUCUGAUCUAUCUUCAGGCAUUGGAAAUAUGCUGACAUCAACCCCAAACCUCAAGGAAUUGAAUGGCAUACAGGAGGGCAGUGGCAGCGGAGCAGAGUCCGAGAGUGAUAAUGAGGAGGAGGAGGAGGAGGAGGAGGAGGAGGAGGACGAGUCUGAGGAAGGCAACCAGGGGAAGACAAGUCGAGAAGACAGUGUAAUGGAUCUAAAGCUCAUGAUAGAAGACUCUGCAGGAAAGGAGAAAAUCCCUCUAGCUAACGGCAAUGUGGAGAACCAGCACCCCUCUGUAGUGAAUGGGUCUCCUAGCAACAGAUCAGUGUUGAACGGGAACAACUCAGAAGAGAAACUGAACCAAAAGAGCCAGACCCUGGAAUCUCCUGAACUAUCAGAUGUCAACAGUCACAUCACUGACCACAUCGAAGAUGUUUCCAGUCUACACCACUUAACAAGCGACUCAGACAGUGAGGUCUACUGUGACUCUAUGGAGCAGCUUGGCCAAGAGGAGAGCUCAGAAGUAUUCCUAAACCACUCGCUGGAGUUCCGGGAAGUGAACCACAACCAGUUGUCAUCCAGGAUGGACCUCCCUGACCCAGUGCGGUUGUGCAGAAUGGAUGAGAGCUGUGCAGCCGGGACCUUGCAGGGUGGAGCAGAGGGAGUGAAGCAUGGAGGGGAGGACGGGAAGCCCAGAGGAAAUGGGACACAGAAAGAGAGACUGGAAAAGACGGGAUACUCAGGACUCCAACGGAGGGGCUCCAGGACGCAGGCCACAGGCGGAGGUCACCAGGGAGUGGAGCUGGGCAGUGGGGGGGAUGGGGAUCGGUGGGGGACGGACCUAGCGAGGGGCACUCUCAAUGAACAGAUUGCUGCAGUCCUCACGAGACUGCAAGAGGACAUGCAGAGUGUCCUGCAGAGACUGCACACCCUGGAGGCACUCGCCAACUCACAGACGCAGGCUAGAUCCUUCACCUUGCCACCAAAUAAUUCAUCUUCUCCUUUAAACAAGAAACCCUCCUGGUGGCCUUUCGACAUCUCUCCUGGCACUCUGGCCCUGGCGCUUAUUUGGCCCUUUGUGGCUCAGUGGUUGGUGCGUCUUUAUCUUCAGAGAAGGCGAAGAAAAAUCAAGUGACCAUUCACCUUUUACCAGAUUCCAUAGUGAAAGACAGCCCUUGAAUUCAGAGCUCUCAUUCAUCUGUUAGCUUUGCUGUGUCAUUGCUCUCUCUCACAUGUUCUAUACACCUGGCUUCGGCAUUACAAUGAUGACACUGCUCAACUAUAGCAACUACUGAUACUUGAAAUUAGUCCAGUCAUUCAGAAAAGAGAAAAAAAAUCAAAUGUACUCUAAUUAUCUAAAAUCAAGCAAGGUUUUCGUUUUUCAUUUCCUUUGAUUUUUGUAAAGCUUUAUUGUUAGCAUUUAAAAUACUGCCUCUAGUUAUUGGAAGGAAUGCACUGACCAUGUGUACAGGUAAUAGUUUGAUGGCACAUGUACUCUUUUUUUUUUUUAGAAAAACAUAAUCUUUUCAAAGCAUGCUUUUUUUAAUAGCAGAGGCUGUUUAAUAAAUUAAUAAUAUAUUUAAUUAUGAGACUUUAAUAACUGUAACUUCUUUCCUAUAUCCCACUAUCUCACCACAGAGUCUGACACACACCUCUGUCUCUAUCCAUUGUCUUUCUCCAUUCAAGCUACUGCAGUACAGACUUGCAGUGAAAUUAACAGAUGAAACGCAGGCAAGUUGAAAUGUUUCAGAUCUCUAUUUUGAACAAAGGGUUCUUUAACAAUACACUAAAAGAUUAUUUACUGUAGUUCUUUAUUAUAUUGUUAAUAUUAUAAGGAAAUAUUAACACUUCAAUCAAGCUUGAUAUUAAAAAUCUUUGUGGGCUUAAUCUCAUAAUGAUGGCUAUAUUGAAAAAGCGAUUUGAUUAUAUCAGUGGUUGAUAACACUGCAGCACAGAGAUGGAAUUGUAAAUCACACUGCAGCUUUAAUCUCCACUCCAGAUCCAGGUCACUGUUCACAGGACGGGUUGGUUUAGAAUAACCACCAGUCGAAUAUCAUUUUUCAGAGAUUGGAAACGCUGCCUUUCGUGAGCAGUGGAAACAAAUGGAGAUUGAAAAUGAAUAUUUGGGUCAUUAAUUGUGGCCACCAGCAAUUGGAGUUAAAUGAUCACAGGGCAGUUGUUGAGGUGGUUAGUAAAGUAUGCUGCAUGAAGUAUGCAUUGAAAUGCUUUAGAACAGAUAUAAUUAUAAUGUGCUUCAUAGCUGACUGUGCACAAAUAAUCUUUUUUGUAAGUAGAUUAGUACGUUUUUGGCCGAGUAGUAUGGUGUGGUAAAACGACACCCCAGAUCUUUACUGCUUGAAGCUGGGGAGUCACAGCAGAACUUUGGAGGGGAAGGUAAUUUGAUUGCUGCAGAGAUUGUAAGUUGUCAGAUGUGACUCGAGGCCUUCGUUUUAUAUACAGUAUGAACUCUCCAUACCGUGUAUAAAAACGCAUGGAAUUUCAGAGCUUUCCUCAUACUGUGUGUCACACCUUGUAGAGCCUUUCUUUAGAGUUUCAUGAAGCAGUGUCCCUUAUUCAAUGAAUCGAUCCCUAUACUACCUUGAAUCGCAUUACAUUCAUAAUCACAAUUCAAAAUCAUUUCAUUUAAAGAGCUGCUGUUAUUUUCGCCUACCUUUUUAAGUUAUUUUUUUUAUUUGUUUGUUUUAAAGUACAUAGAGCUAACAAAAAUAUUCCAGUAACUGUAAUUUCUAUUGUCAUUACUUUAUAGGUUUCACCUUUUCUGUUAGACACAUCAUUGUAAAUAUGCAUUUCAUCUAUGAAUGUUUUAAUUUAUUAAUGUAAUGUUUACAGUUGCUGUUCAUAGUUUUUUUCAGUGCACUGUCACAAGGAAGAAAGCAGAGAGGUGUUUAAAAGUGAAUCAUAUGAAUAGCAUUGAAUAUGAUGGGUUACAGCACUGAGAAGGGCAGCCAAAGCAUGGGGCUUGUGGGAGUUUUAAAAGAACUCAAACUCCCAGAAGCCUAUCCGCUGGCAGUCAUUCCCAGCAACCCGUGGGGAAGCUUCUUUUUCCAGUGAAUAAAGUUUGCCAUAUCCAUUCAUUCAUCUUGUGAAGUAAAAAAACGGGGAUGUGACAGAAGCGCAGCAGUGAGAUAUCUGCCAGGAGAAAUUAGUAAACUUUGUUCAGGAAUAGAUUCAGAAAAUAUACAUUUUGUUAGCUCUGUGUAGUUUAACUCUUUUUUUUCAAGGAAUAGAAGGCCUCCAAAGGACUGAUGAUAAAGACCAUUUCAAGUUUAUUGCUGUCCAUUGCAUUUCCAUGUACAAUGCAUGGUGUUUUUAUAACAGUGCUUCGAUGAGAUAAUGUUUUGUUCCACUCUACUUUGAAUUUACAGUUAAUAUGGU